AUGAGGGUUUAUUUCCUAAAUGUGAUGCGCAGGUGGCUGGACCGCAACGAGGAUGACGGGCAGAUUGUCAGAGAGUUGGUGCCGUUCUCAGAAGGACAGCGUCUUUACAACGUCAACUAUCACAUCGCAGUGAAGACGGGGAGCAUCCCCGGAGGCAGUUCAGACUCCAACGUGUUCGUCAAGCUUUACGGAGAAAAAGGCGACACCAGCAAGAUGAUGCUGCUGGUCUCUGCCAACAACCUGGGGAACUACUUUGAGACGGGCCGCGUCGACAUCUUCACUGUGGAAACCUUUGAUAUUGGACAGAUCAACCGUCUGAUGAUUGGCCACACCAACGAAGGCAUGCGCGCCGGCUGGUUCUUGGACAGUGUUCAGAUCAUGGUUCCGGUUCACGGGAGGCACUACAUGUUCCCCAGUCACCGCUGGCUGUGCAAGGACGAGGCCGACGGCAAGACGGAGGUGGAGAUUUACCCCAGCGAGACCCUGGACAUGGAGCAACUGAUAAACUACGAGAUAACAGUAGUGACUGGAGAUGUGACGUUCGCUGGCACCAACGCCAAAGUGUUCAUCCAGAUCUACGGAGACAAGGGGAAGACGGAGAUCAUGACGCUCGAAAGCAGAUCCAACAACUACGAGAGAAACACGACAGAAAUAUUCAAGAUUGAGGCCAAAGAUGUGGGGAAGAUCUUCAAGAUACGCAUCGGUCACGACGGCUCCGGGAUCGGAUCAGGCUGGUUCCUGGACACGGUGGACCUCAAGCAUCUGAUCAUGGCUCUGGUGCCCAAAGAGAAGAAGAAGGAAGACAAGAAAAAGAAGAAGAAAAAGAAGAAAGACGAGGACGAUGAGGAUGAGGACGGAGGAGAGGAGAUGCGAGAAGUGGUGCUGACGUACCAUUUUCCCUGUUCGCGCUGGCUGGCCGGCGGGGAGGAGGAUGGAGAGCUGGUGGUGGAGCUGCUGCCUGAAGACGCAGAAGAGCUGGAAGUCAACACCUACGAAGUGUGCGUCUUCACCGGUGACAUGCUGGGAGCCGGGACCGACGCCAACGUCUUCAUUAAUAUUUAUGGCGAGAACGGAGACACCGGAGAGCGCUACCUGAAGAAUUCUGACAACCUCAACAAAUUCGAGCGUGGGCAGGAGGAUGUUUUCACCGUGACGGCUAUUGAUUUGGGCCCUCUGAAGAAGCUACGAAUCCGCCACGACAACACUCAGCCCUACUCAUCUUGGUACCUGGAUCGUGUCGAGAUAGUGGACACGAAGGAAGACACCACAUACUACUUCCCGUGUAACCGCUGGCUGGCGGUGGAUGAGGACGACGGGCAGAUAGCGAGGGAGCUGGUUCCCGUGGACGAGGCCUUCAUGUGGAAGGAGGACGACGACGGGGAGGGCACCGGAGCCACUCUGGGGCUCGAGCAGAAAUCCAUGUCGACUACAUACACCCUUAAAAUCAAAACUGGAGAAAAGAAGUACGCUGGAACCGAUGCCAACGUCUUUGCCGUUCUCUUCGGUGAAAACGACGACACAGGGAUCAUCAACCUAAAGGCUUGUAAGAACUAUAAGAAUAAGUUUGAACAGGGGAUGAUCAACGAGUUCACCGUGGAGGCCGUGGACUUGGGCGACCUGGAGAAGCUUCGAAUCGGGCACGACAACUCAGGGGGUUCUUCUGGUUGGUUCUUGGACUGGGUUGAGAUUGACGCCCCCUCACAAGGUCAGAGGCUCCGCUUCCCUUGUGGCCGCUGGUUGGAUAAAGGAGAGGAUGACGGUGCGAUUGUGAGGGAUCUCUAUCCUGCCGAGCUGCAGACCGAGCUCUACAUGCCAUUUGUGCCGUAUGAGAUAAAGAUCUACACCAGCGACGUGUUCGGAGCGGGAACCGACGCUGAUGUGUUCAUAGUCCUGUACGGACGUAAGGGGGUUUGCACACAGCAGAAACACCUGUGUGUCAACAAGAGAGAGCGACGUCUGUACUUUGAGAGAGGAGCUGAGGACAUGUUCAUUGUGGAGCUGGAGGACAUCGGUGAUAUUAUCGAGAAAAUCCGGAUAGGACACGACAACAGGGGAACCAACCCGGGGUGGCACCUCGACAGGGUGGAGAUCAGGCGGCAGCUCAGGAAAGGAAAGGGUUCGGAGACGACUAUUUUCCCAUGCGAGUGCUGGCUCGCCAAGUCUGAGGACGACGGGGAGACGGUGAGGGAGCUGGUCCCCUCGGACAUCAUCACAGAGAAGCUCCUCAGGGACGGCACGCUGAAAAGGACUGAAACUGAGGUGGAGGACGCUUUGGAAACUCACACAUACACAGUGUCGGUUCGGACGGGUGACAUGUACGGAGCAGGAACCGAUGCCAACGUUUUCCUCACCAUUUACGGAGACCUGGGAGACACAGGACCGCGCAAACUCGCCAAAUCUGAGAACAACAAGAACAAGUUUGAGAGAGGAGAGGUGGACAAGUUCACCAUUGAGGCUGUGGACCUGGGGCAGGUGUUUAAGAUUCGCAUCCGCCAUGACAACUCCAUGAUGGGGGCCGACUGGUACCUGGACCAGGUGGAGGUGCUGGACGUUGAAACGGAGGAGGUGUACAUGUUCCUGUGUGAGCGCUGGCUGUCGACGAAGAAGGAGGACAAACGAAUAGAAAGGACCUUCUUUGUGAAGGGCUACGAGGGUGAAAGAAGCACCGAUCCAUAUUCUAAGACGAUAGCUCAGGCCAAACUAGGACUGGACAGAAACGCCAACAAGAAGAAAAAGAAGAAAAAGGUGGCAGUGGUGGAAGAGGGUCCAAUCAUCCCAUAUCACUUCACCCUGUCCACGGGGAUAGACCGGGAUGCCAGCACUACAGCCAGGGUCUACAUCAUCAUCAUCGGCCCCGGUGAGCUCGAGACAGACCGACUGUGGCUGGACCAUCCGGAGGGGAAGACGUCCUUCGCAGCCGGCGCCAUGGAGCACUUUGUGUGCUACGGGACGGACGUAGGAGAGAUCAAGCGGGUGGAACUUGGCCAUAACGGUGUCACACCAGAGAGCUGCUGGUUGGUGGAUGAGGUGUCGGUUGCCGUGCCAACCAAAGGUAUCAAGUACAUCUUUCCAUGCAAGUGCUGGCUGGCUAAAGACAGGGGAGAUGGUCUGACUGCCAGACUGUUCAAUGUGCUGGACUCCAGCACGAUCAACAUUAUCCGCAAAGUUGUUUAUUCAGCCACGGUUGUCACAGGUGACACUCAGUACGCAGGGACCGAUACCAACGUUUUCCUGACCGUGUACGGAGCCAACGGGAGCACUGAGGAAAUGCUGCUGCCGAAAAAUGAGGACAGAUUUGAAAGAGGCCAAGAAGACACAUUCAGCCUGGAGAUAGAUGACAUUGCUCCUUUGAAGAAGAUCAGAGUUCGGAUUGAUGGCAGCGGGAGCCGCCCAGACUGGUUUCUUGACAGGAUCCUGAUGCGGAACCUCACCACAGACGAAGUGUACGAGUUCACCUACGAGAACUGGCUGUCCAAGACCAAAGGGCCGAGGAGGGUGAAGGUGUGUGAGCUGGCGGCGGUGGUGGACGAGGAGGAGAUGGUGGAAAAAACGACCUACAUCAUCCAAGUCCAGACCAGUGAUGUCGGAGCUGCUGGCACCGACGCCAACGUGUUUCUGAUGGUAUUUGGGGAGUAUGGAGACACUGGGACGCUGCCUCUGAAGGAGAGCGCCAACAGGAACAAGUUUGAGCGAAAAGCGAAAGACGUGUUCAGAUUUCCUGACAUCCUCAGUCUGGGCGAGCUGUCCAAAGUCAGAGUGUGGCAUGACAACAAAGGCCCUGCUCCUGGCUGGCACCUGGAGUACAUCGAUGUCAAAGAUGAGGCCAUGGACCAGACCUUCAGGUUCCCCUGCGACCGCUGGUUGGCUAAAAACGAAGACGACGGGCAGAUUAUGAGGGAGCUGGCUUGUGCCAACAAUGACUCUGUCGACCUCAGUGACAAAACCAAAUAUGAAAUUGCCACAACAACUGCGAACACAGACGACGCCUCCACCGUGGAAAACGCCUGGAUCGUGCUGGAAGGAAGGAAAUCCCGAUCCAAAGAGUUUGUUCUGGAGAAUAAGAAGAAGAAGUUCUUAUGCGGUGCCACUGACACGUUUGAGUUCUCGUCCAAGCACGUGGGGGAAAUCGCUGGCAUCUGUCUCGGCCACAUCACCAAAGACGGCAAGAAGGUGAAGAAUGAAGCGUCCUGGCACGUCAUGGAGGUGGUGGUGACGGAAAAGGAGCUGGGAAACAAGUAUUUCUUCCACUGUGAUGCACAAAUCCCCCUGGCGGCCAAAAAGGACCAGUUCCUGACAUUCGAGUGCUACAAGUCCAUCGAGAGCUUCGCCAGCAAAGUCCGCAACCUGGUCCCCGUCAAGUACGAAAUCAUUGUCAUCACCGGGGACGUCAAAGGGGGCGGCACGGACGCCAACGUCUUCAUCACCGUCUACGGCGUCAACGGCGACUCGGGGAAACGUCAGCUGCGGCAGAAGUUCCGCAACCUUUUCGAGCGAGGGCAGACGGACCGCUUCGUCCUGGAGAUGCUGGACCUCGGGGAGCUGCUGAGGGUCAAAGUGGAGCACGACGGCAGCAGCAGCAGCUGUGGGUGGUAUCUGGAGUGCGUGGAGGUGACCAACACAGCCAACUCAGUCACAACCAUCUUCCAGUGUGGAAAAUGGCUGGACGCGCGUAAAGCCGACGGGCAGAUCCAGAGAGUGCUUUACCCCAAAUACUGAAGGGAAGACGCCGGAAACGAAUAGCGGGUGAGCGUUUCCAUACCAGUGAGGGAAAAGUUGGAUUUAACAGACUUGAAUGUAACGUUUAAGGGAUAAAACCAGUAUUCUUUUUUUAAAGUUUGUGCCAACUCUUUCCACUGCCCCUCCUCAAACCUCAGAAAAAAGCCAUUUGUUACCAUCUUGUCUUGUAAAAUUUGACAAAUAAACACAUCU